UUAAACCUUAGACCAGUGAAGCCAACCAUUAGACUAACUGACAUAUCCUCAACCAUCCUCAAUUCCUCACAAUUAAUAAGAUAUUGAAAAAGUUAGCCAUAACCAAAGCUCACUGAUGAAAAUAGCACACAACUGACAGAUUAUCUGGCAAUCUCAAACGUAAAAUGUUUCCGGUUUUUGCAUUACUUCUUUACAUAUUUCCAAUUGGUUUACAGUACUGCUCUGCCAUAGAUAUAAUCACACCCACUCGAUUCCUAAAAGACCCACAAACAAUAGUCUCCGAUAAUAGCCUUUUCACACUAGGAUUUUUCAGCUUCCCCAACACUUCAAACCGUUAUGUCGGCAUCUGGUAUACUCACCCUACUGCAAAGGAGGUCAUAUGGGUAGCUAAUAGGAACAAACCCCUUACGGAUUCAUCUGGUGUGCUAAAGUUAUCCGUUGAUGGGAAUCUACAAAUUUCUAAUGCACGAAAUGAAACACUUUGGUCAUCGAAUGUCACUCAUCCAGGAGCAAAUUUCUCAGUGGCUCGGCUUUUGGAUUAUGGGGACCUUGUUGUCCAAGGAUUUUCAUCCAAUGCGACUCGUGAAAAUGGGACACUCAUAUGGCAAAGUUUUGAGCAUCCAACAGACUCUGUUUUACCAAAUAUGAGGUUUACUCUCACACCAAAUUCAGAUUUGAGACAGGUCCUACAAGCUUGGACAGGCCCUUCAGACCCAUCAGAAGGAAGAUUCUCCAUAGGCACUAAUUCUUUAGGCCUUUUCCAGAUUAUUAUCUAUGAUGGAGAUCAGCCAUACUGGCGAAGCGGCCCAUGGAAUGGCAACAUUUUUAUAGGGACAAGAUACCAUAACACUGGCUAUGGUAAUAUCUUGGUCAAUACUGGGUCAUUCACACAGCAAGAAGUUGGAGGGAUGCUUUCCCUGAUUUUUGCUGGUGCGAAUCAGACUUUGUUGUCGCAUUAUGUAUUAACUCAUAAAGGUAUAAUAGCUCAAAGAUGGUGGGAUAGUAGCAAUAAGAACUGGGAGGUCUCAUGGCAUGCCCCAGAAAAAGAAUGUGACACUUUUGGGAAGUGUGGAGAAUUUGGGAAUUGCAAUCCACAGACUAAACCUAUGUGCAGCUGCUUGAAAGGAUUUGAGCCGAAAAACAAGGAGGAAUGGACACGUGGAAAUUGGACAAGCGGGUGUAAAAGAAGAAAGCAACUGCAAUGUGGUAAAGCUGGUGGAGGACAAGAUGGGUUUCUGAGAUUACAAAUGAUGAAAGUUCCAGAAAAUGCCGAGUUGAAUGUGGGAUUGAACUUAGAUCAGUGCAGAAGUGCGUGCUUAGCAAAUUGCUCUUGCCUGGCUUAUGCAUAUGAUACUCAAAUCACAUGCUUGACAUGGAGCAGAAAUUUGAUCGAUGUAGCAGACCUUUCCCCUGGUGGAGUUGACCUCUACCUCCGUCUUCCACAAUCCGAACUAGAUGACAAAAAAAAAAUCAAGACAAUCAUCAUAGUGAGUGUAAUUUGUGGAACAGUUGUAGUUGCUGCUAUUAUAUGGCUGCUGUGGAGGUUCCUAUGCAGGAGAUCUCGGCCCAAGGAUGAAGUGCCACCACUCACAAAAUCUGGAAAGCAACGGGGAACUGUAGAUGCAUUUGGGAUUGGAGACAAAAGCAAUGUCAAAAUUGAUGACUUGCAAAUAUUGAAAUUUGAAAAGCUGGUUGAAGCAACAGACGGCUUCAGUGAGAGUAAUUUACUCGGAGCUGGUGGAUUUGGUCAAGUAUACAAAGGAAAGCUGAAAGAUGGACAAGAAAUAGCAGUUAAAAGACUAUCAAAAGCAUCUGGACAAGGCACAGAGGAGUUCAUGAAUGAAGUUGCACUGAUUUCAAAACUUCAACACCGAAAUCUAGUCAAAUUGCUGGGAUGCUGUGUUGAAGGAGAGGAAAAAAUGCUGAUAUACGAGUACUUGCCAAAUAAAAGCUUGGACGCAUUUCUAUUCAAUCCAGAGAAACGUGAGUGUUUAGACUGGCAGAAACGCUACAACAUCAUUGAAGGGAUAUGUCGAGGCCUACUUUACCUGCACAGAGAUUCAAGACUAAAGAUUAUCCAUAGAGACCUCAAAGCAAGCAAUAUUUUGCUAGAUAAAGACCUCAAUCCAAAAAUAUCAGACUUUGGUAUGGCUAGAAUUUUCGGAAACAACCAGGAUCAAGCUUGUACUGAGAGGGUAGUUGGAACAUAUGGUUACAUGUCUCCGGAGUAUGCAAUGGAAGGCCACUUUUCUGAAAAAUCAGAUGUUUUCAGUCUCGGAGUAUUACUGAUUGAGAUAUUAAGUGGACAAAAGAAUAACAACUUCUGGUAUCAGGAGGAAUCCCUGGGUCUGUUAGGAUACGCUUGGAAAUUGUGGAACGAGAACAAUAUCAUCUCUCUAAUCGAUCCAUCGAUUUCUAGUACAAGCUUCCAAGGUGAAAUAAUAAGGUGCAUGAAUGUGGGGCUAUUAUGUGUGCAAGAAUUUGCCAAAGACAGGCCAAAUAUUUCAACAAUCAUCUCCAUUCUUGUGAGAGAUAUUAUGGAUCUUCCAAAGCCAAAACCACCAGUAAUGUUUGCUCAACGCCAUAUAUCAUCUGAUACAGGGUCAUCUCAGUUCACUGAACAAACUUCUUCCACAAAUUAUGUUACUAUCACAACUUUGACUUCCCGAUAAUGUAUGUCCUAAAAGAGAAUAAAAUGACCUUCAAUGUAUUAAUUCUGGAUGAACAAGUAGACAUGUCCAUGUUCUCACCCUUUGAAUUUAGCUUGCCAUAUUCUUUAUCAGAUCAAAGACUUCUACAUCAUCCUUGUUAAAUUUAGCACCAUGUAAAAGCUGCUUAGUAAAUAACAAGGUUAUUGAUGUAAACUAGUGGUCAAAAUUUUGGUUUUUAUAGUAUCAGUUCUUUUCGCAA